UGCUCCGACGCUGUGUAUUUGAAAUAAACCACAUCUAAUAAAUCGUUUCAAUGAUGCAUUAAAUGAUUACGAUUUCAUAGACAGCUUUCGUGCAUAAUUAUCAUCAAUUUUUUACUUAUAAUUCAUACGUAGAACGACAUGUUCUGCGUUCCAGCGAAGAGCCUAAAUUUAUGUUUCUUUUUAAUAACAUUUAAUGAAAUUAUUUUGUGUUUGAAACGAAGUAAAAGUGUUUUAAACUGUCUGCAUAUGAAGAAACUAAAAUGCUUUUAGUGGAGCGAAAAAGUGCCAGUGCACUGUUUUGCGAGGGUUGUCCGCUCAAGAAAGAAAAAUUUGAAAAAUUCCUACAAUUUUUUUGGUACUGAAAAACCUUCCGUUCCGAGAGAGUACACUGUGCGCCAAACUACAUAUUCAUGUAUGUACAUACUUGUUUUGAAGAAGCAAAAUAAAUGAACGCUCAAAGGCUCACGCUUAGCUCAACUACAAACAAACAUUUUCCACAUCUACAUUUACUCCACAUUUGACAGCUUAAAAUAUCCAAUAAUUGUAGUAAUAAUCGCGCUCAGUCUGCCGGUUAGCCAUCCAGCCGCUCAGUUAGUCGUCGCUGCCUUCACCCGUACCGCUGCCGCCGCAUACCAUAUUCAACCAGCACGCUACUCAAUCUGCGUGCCAUCAGCUGGUCGACGGUUAUCAGCAUAUCAGUCGUUGUGGAAGCUUAGUCCAGCGCAGUUCUGUCAAAGCUGUCCAAAAGUAAUCGAUCAACGUGCAGCUAGCGUACAAGCUAUUUACAAAAGCAGCAACAAAAAUCACACUAUAGAAGCCAAUCAGUCGUUCGGCCUGUCUGUCAAAUCGUCCGCCUUCGUUGCGCGUACACACACGCACACAUGCAAAUGCAUACAUAAAUGGAAGUGCGCGCGUGAGUAACCAACCACCACAACUCAGCCUCCAAUUGUGCAGCAACAACAUCGGAUUGUCGUGCUCACUCGCUCUCACACAUUUAGGGUCGACGUUUACGUUAUGCGUGCUCGCCUUGUGAGUGAGAGUGCAGGAACUGGCCUGCUUGCUUGGCAGCCUGUUUGACAGGCUUAACAGUUCAAUCUGUAUGACUGACUAUGACUGUCGCUCAGCGUUGUUGAAGUCGUCAUCGUUUGCUGGAGUUGUCGCUUCAUUGGGACGAUAAGCAACUGUGAUUAGUUAAUUUACUCGUUGCGUUCGCCGUGAACAGACGUGUGCGUCGUAGUCGUGUGUUUGGAGAGCAUGUACAAGGAAGUAAAGAAGAAGACGAAGAAGCAAUACAAAUAAGAAAAAAAUAAACGUGUUUUCUUCUUUAUCCAACAAACAAGUGUUCGAGUAGAAGCAAAUUGAACUUCAAUGAAAACGUGAACGCCUACGGAUUUGCGUGAAGCGAAAAAAAAGAAAGCCAAAAACAAGUGUUUCAAGUGAUAAGUGUUUGAAGUAAAAGCACAGAGAAAUUAACAAUUCUAUAAACAAAAAUUAAAGCCAUUUUUAAUUAAGCAAAUUUCCAAAUCGUUAUCUUGUGCAAGUGUGACAAUUUUUGAAACUUAACAAUAUAUGAAAUUCAACAAUUUGAAAUUCGAGUAGUGUUAUCGGUGAGAAGCUUUUGAAAUUCCAUUUGCGUCCGCGCCACGUCAACGCACGUGCAUCAUCCAAAAUUGCCACGGAACUACCAAUGGCCCUAGAGGAUCGCUGCAGUCCGCAAUCUGCUCCAAGUCCGCCUGGUAUACCACAAUCGCCGCACCAUCACCGCCAGAACCAGCAACACCAACAACAAUCACAACAUUUACAAUACAGUCCUACUGCCAGCACCGUUCUGGAUAUGAGCCUGCACCCACAUCCGCCACCGCCACCACUACCACAUGUCAUAGCCGCCCCCGCAACGCCCACAAUGCUGCCACACCCCGUGAAUACGGUCGCUACAAAUGCAGCUACCGCUGCCACACUCUACCAUCAACAUCAGCAGCUCCAACAUUUGCAUCAUUUGCAACAACUGCAGCAGCUGCACCAGCAACAACUGGUGAAUGCCGCCGCCUUUCAUCAUCAUCCAGGUUUUGAUGCUGCUGCAGCAACUGCUUUAGCCGCAGCCAAUCAUGCCGCCUCCUUGCAUCAGCGCUUGGCUGCCUCUCCAAGCGGCUCCUCUACACCCUCAUCUACACCUGCCUCCACAAUGACCAUCAAGGAAGAAGAAAGUGAUUCGAUUAUAGAAGAUAGCUUUCAUGCGGAUGCCGAAACGGCGACACUUAAUAGCAAAGCUCAAACGCGCGUACACUCCACAGAAGACGACGAGGCGGAGGAGGAUGAAGAGGACGAUAUCGAUGUGGAUGAUGUGGACGAUAGUCCAAACAGCGCUUCUCAACGUACGCCGCCACCCGCACAUCAACAAUCCGCUAAGCCAACACUCGCCUUUUCCAUUUCCAAUAUACUCAGCGAUCGCUUUGGCGGCAAUGAGGCGAGUGGCCGCGGUGUUAAUAGCGCUGCUACCACAGCGGCGAGCAAGCAAACGCAUUUGAAUGCGAAUAGUAUUUUCCGGCCCUUUGAUGCCGCACGCUCUGCCACACCCUCCGCCUUUACGCGCGUCGAUCUCUUGGAGCUGAGUCGACAGCAGCAAGCCGCUGCGGCCGCCGCCACUGCUAUGAUGCUGGAGCGCGCCAACUUCUUGAACUGUUUCAAUCCCGCAGCGUAUCCACGCAUACAUGAGGAGAUUGUCAACAGUCGCAUGCGUCGCAGUGGCGUCCUACCGCCGGCUGCGGCAAAAUGUAACGAGCCCGGGAUUCCAUUAGCAACCGCAAUCUCGCCAGCAGCCGUCGGCAGUGUAGGCGCAUUGGAGAAGUCCGCUUUGGGUUCGCUUUGCAAGGCAGUCUCACAAAUUGGCCAGUCUGUAGCGGCACCACCAUGUUCAAGCACUUCCUCGGCGGCAAGUGCAUCAAGCAUCGCCAGCCCACCACCCGGUUCCAAUGCGUCGAGCGCAUCUUCCUCGGCAUCAUCGUCGACAUCGGCGGGUAGUUCAUUAAAUUCUUCGCCCACCAGCCGCCUGCCCAGUAAGAGUAGUAGUCCACAACCCAUACCGCCGCCCUCGGCCGUCAGCCGUGACUCGGGCAUGGAGUCGUCCGAUGAUACACGCUCUGAAACCGGCUCUACGACAACGGAAGGUGGCAAAAAUGAAGUGUGGCCGGCGUGGGUGUAUUGCACGCGCUACAGUGAUCGACCAAGUUCGGGUCCACGCUAUCGCCGCCCCAAGCAGCCGAAAGACAAAAAUAAUGACGAGAAACGGCCGCGCACCGCAUUUUCCAGUGAACAGUUGGCGCGUUUGAAGCGCGAAUUCAACGAGAAUCGUUAUCUUACCGAACGUCGUCGUCAACAAUUGAGUUCUGAGUUGGGUCUGAAUGAGGCGCAAAUCAAGAUUUGGUUCCAGAAUAAACGCGCCAAAAUUAAGAAAUCUUCAGGUUCUAAAAACCCGCUCGCCUUGCAAUUGAUGGCACAGGGCCUGUACAAUCACACAACAGUGCCGCUGACCAAAGAGGAGGAGGAGCUGGAGAUGCGUAUGAAUGGGCAGAUACCAUAAGCUGCUCUGGGUGAGCAAGAGUUGAGUUGAAGAAGAAAGGCGGAAGGAGAAUGAUUCGUAUGCUUUGAGAAGCGGUUGUGACGACGCGUGCAAUAAUUAGGGGUGGGAGGGGCAACUGACCGGCAAUCAGGAAAUUCAGUUGUGCAGUUGUGAGGCGUUAAUAGAAAAUAAUGUAAAAUUUCAAAAAAAUAAUUUAAAAUAAAAUAAGCAGCAAAGGAAAAGUUUGUUAUGUGAUAUAAAUAUAUAAAGAGAAAACAAACGCGAAUAAAAGAACGUUAAAGAGCAAAUAUAAUAAAUAAAAAUGUAAAUUCAAGUAGCAAAUUAAAAACACAAAACAAAAACGACAAAAAAAAACAGUAAUUCUUGCAUCAAUUGUAAAUAUUAGUUAUAGAUUCUCUACUUCAGCUUGGAUAUUAAAAUAUUUUAAGCAACACACUUUCACAUUAAGCCACAUUCCCAACCUUAUCCGCAAUACACGCUCCUCCCUCCCGCGCGUUAGAUAGCAGCUGCUUUUAUUCCUCGUAAUUAAUAUUAUAAAUUAUUGUAUUUAUUCUAAUUAGUUGAAUGAAAUGAAUUCAUUAAAAAUUAUGUAAAUGUAAUGCUAUGCCUAUUUUCUUCAUCUACACUGAAACCCAUCACAAUCGGCUCCCCUCAAACCCACUUAAAAUUACCUGCAAUUGUAUUAUAGCAACAUUUUGUUUUGUCUGCUACUUAGUUUAUAAGUAAAUUAAUUUUUUUAUUUAAUUUUUUUUCGCAUAGCCUAAUUUAUGUCAAAGUGUAUGUAUGUAAUAAUAUGUAAAAAAUGCGCAGCAGUAGUUUUUAGUUUUUAAGCAACACUCCAGAAUUAAAAUAAUUUAAGGCCCCUUGAG